AUGGCUGAUGUGACCAGUCGACAGGGAAUACUUUCUCCUUCAUCACACCUGAUCUCACCUCUGAUGUUUUUCGUGGAAGAGGACUCCUGUGACAUUGAAUCUAAAAAAUACUAUCUUAUUCACAGAAGGGGAAAAACCAAGAUCUUUAACAAUUUUACACCAAUUGGUGGGUCGGACUGGGGAUUUCAAAGCACUGUUCAUUGCAUGGAUGUAAAUGAAACCACGCUCAUUAAGUCGAAUGUAGAAGGAGAACAACUUAGUCCUGGAUGCUCAAACAAAGACGUUCAUCUAGAAACAAAGAAUCAUUCAAAAACUACUCCUGUCUUUACAUUUCCAGAUGAAUGCCUUAAAAGAGUCAUUACGAAAUUCUGCACAGACGAUCUCCCUGUUCCAAAUAUUGUUCAUUAUAUAUGGAUUGGAAAGCAGGAAUUUGAGUUCAUUUAUUUUGUUAGUCUCUAUAGCACACACAAAAACCAAAAGCCCUGUCUAUUUUUUCUUUAUUAUGAUGUUUUACCUUCUGGAAAAUGGUGGGGUAUACUUUCAAAAAUUGUAAGAAAUAUUGUAUAUGUAAAAAUAACACCACCCACCGAAAUUUCAGGAAAGAAGAUCAAAUGGGUGCAGCACAAGUCCGAUAUCUUGAGACUCAGAAUAUUAAAAGAAUAUGGUGGCAUAUACUUUGACACGGACCAAUAUGUUCUUAGAUCGCUAAAUGAAUUCAGAAAUAAGGAUUGUACCUUAGGAAUGGCGCAAGAUGAUGCAAUGGCAAGUGCGUUGUUAAUUGCAGCUAAGAAUGCCACAUUUAUUAAUCUAUGGAUUGAUAGUUACAACUCCUACGAUCCAAACCACUGGGGCGGAAACUCAGUAGUUAUGGCAAGAAAACUCUCCUUAAGAUAUCCACAAUAUGUUCGUGUGUUUGAGCAUCACUGCCUUUUCUCUAUACAUGAUAAGUUUUUUUAUGACCAUAACCAGAACUACAAAUGGUCCCACAGUUAUGGGCUUCAUCUUUAUGGUAAAAGAGAGCGGUGGAAGGAAGUCCAAAAAUGGAAUUUAUUAACUAUAAGAAAAUUAAACAAUACGAUUGGUGCAGUUUUCAGAUAUAUCCUCUUUGGAAAUAAAGAAUUGUGUAAUUAG